AUGGACAACGCCUUUGCGGCGAAUGUGGCGCGGUUAGUGGCGCAUGGAGUGGAAGAAGUAGUGGCCAAGUCCGCCAUCACGCGUUUUGAGGGUGAUGGGGACGCUGCUCUGGAUUUUCUGUUGGACACAGAAGAGGGCUGGCAAUUUGCAGCGGACGUGCUGCUGCCACAGGAAUUUGCAGCACAACUAGCGGCCCAACCCAGCGCAGCGCGAUCGAAGCUACGGAAAGUGUUCGCAACCGGCGUGGGUCGAGACGAGUCGGCCUUACAUCUUGUCGUGGCAGACAUUGAAGGAGGAGCAUCCCUGAGAGCUGCCAUCGUUCGGCUCCUGGUGGCCAAGUCAGCGGACGUGGAUGGUCUCUCUGCACAUGGGGACACGCCUCUGCUACUGGCCGUGCGCGCAGCAGGGGCGGCGCACUGCGAUGACCACUUGGCCGUCGUGUCUGAGCUGCUGGCACUCCACGCCGACCCAAAUCUGGGCGACCGCGAGGGCGAGACGCCCCUCAUGGAGGCGGUUUGCACCGAGGACGUGGGAUGCGUCCGUCGGCUCCUAUCAGCUCGGGCGGAUCCGCUCAAGCGCAGCGCUGCCGGCCACAGCGCCAAGGAAUUUUGCGAGAAUGUGUGCAGCAACCGCGAAAUUUCUGAGCUUCUGCAGGCCUGGGAGGACCUCGUGGCACAGGAUCCCAGCCAGGGCCCACAGUUUUUCCGCCUCGACUCCGACAAAGGCUCCGAGACCCCGGAAGGGGGAAAAGGAGAUGGCAGCUCGAGCUCGGAGCCGGCGCCACCGGCAGAGCCCAAAGAUCGAGCGGAAGAUGGCGACCCUACCUCGCCCAAGGAGCCAGCGCCUGAGGAGGAAGUACGGGCUUCUGAGGAGCGGAUGGCCCGGGAGAAGCGCCAAGCGGAAGAGGAAGAAGCCAGGCGUGCAGCGGAAGAAUCUCAGCGAGAGCUGCGCGCAGAGGCAUGUCGGCGCCGAGAGGAGGAGGAGGAGGAGGAAGCCAGGCGCCACGCUGCAGAGAGGCGGCGCGAGGAAGAGGAAGCCGCAGCGGAGGUGCAGGCCCGACAGAAGGCCGAAGAGGAAGCGCAGCGCAGGAGAGAGGAAGAGGAGGCCAGAGAACGUGCCGAAGCUGAAGAGGAGCGAAAGCGGCUCGAGGAGACUCGUCGGCUUGCCGAAGAUGAAGCCGAGCGCCAACGGGAGGUCUGGGACAGGGUCCCCCCUGGCGAAGAGCUUGCCGAAGCUGAAGCAGAGCGCAAGCGCGAAGAGGAGAUGCCAGACGAUGGAGAGAAGGACUUGAGCAAGUUGUCCUGCGAGAUGCUGGAGGCCACCAGGGCAUUCUUGGCGGAUUCAAGCAGUUCCGCGGACACUGCAUUGCUGAGCCAACUCCUGGGGCCGGCCUGCGGUGAGGACUUGGCUGCCGUGGCAACGCAGCUUAAGAUCGAGGGCAACGUCGACUGCUUGCUUGUAAAGCUCGUGGAGCUUCCCGCGGCAGGAUCGUUCGUCCACGAGCUCCUGGCUGUCAACGGAGAUCCCAACGCCACGAAUUUCAUGCAGGAAAGCUUGUUGCUCUUGGCCUCACGUUCCGCCGCCAGCACAGACUUUUCCGACGCGCCAGCAGAUCGCUUGGUAACGGUCCACUGCUUGCUGAGUGGGAGGGCUGAUCCGAACUGGCAGGACUCUCAGGGCGAGACCCCGUUGAUGGAGGCCGCCUGCGCUGGUGACCUCGAGCUUUGUCAGGCCUUGGCAGAGGCUCGGGCCGACAUCCUCCAUGAAAGUGGGUCAGGUGCCAGUGCCCUGGGCUUUGCUGCGGAGCAUCCGACAGUCCUCAGGUUCCUCCGGGACAUGCUCCCGCCCCCGGCCAAAGUGCAGGUCCCGGAGGCUGCUGCUUCAGAGCAGGUCGACCAGAGGAAGGUUGACCAUGUCGAGGGCCCGGCGCCCGCACCGGAGGAGUUCCCAUCCUGGCUCGGAGGUACAGAGAUGGCCUCUGAAGCCCCUACGCGCCCGCCGCGCAGCAAGUCUUUCAGGCCUCCUGUCGCUCCCUCGCUGCCAGAGGCAGCAGCGAUGCACAAUGCCAAGGCCGUGUCCGCAGCGCUGGCUCAGCUUCCCGCGGGCGGCGCCGAUGUUCUGAACCGCGUGGACGCAGAUGGCUACACCCCGCUGCAUCUGUGCCUGCUCGCGCCGCCACUGUCGCAGGAGCGCUUGGCGUGUGCAGCGCAGCUGGAGACCGCUCGGCUCCUCAUCGACGCACACGCUCGGCCCGAUUGCCCAAGCCAACGAGGUGAACUGCCUUUGCAGAUGGCUGCCGCCAUGCCGUUCAACGGCAAGACGAUGCUUCGGCUGCUGCUGCAGGCAAAGGCCACCGUGGAUGGAGAUGCCGACGAGGAGGCGCUCUUCCACCGCCUACAGGCGUCCAGACCCAAAGCGACCUCCACCACCAAGAGGUCUGGGCCCAGCGAACGGGAGGUCCUUCUGCGCGCGGCCGAGGCGCACGACGCCCAGCGCGUCGCCGAACUGCUGGAGUCGGCAAGGGACCCCGACUUGGCAGACCUGGAGGACGCCGAUGGACACCGGCCUCUACACCGCUGCCUCCUCGCCCCGCCGCAUGAGGGCAGAUGGCCAGCGCUGCUUCAGACGAUGAAGGUGCUUCUGGCUGCUCGCGCAUCGCCCAACGCAGCGAGCCGGGAGUCUGAGACGCCCCUGCUUCUGGCCAUUCGCAGCCUGGGGGGCGCUCUGGGAGACGAAGGUCAGCGGCUGCAGAUCCUGCGGCAGCUUCUGAAGGCCAAUGCGGACAGCAACCAAGGUGACUUGCAGGACACCACGCCGCUGAUGGAGGCGGUGCGCGCAGGAGAUGCCGAGGUCUGCCAGCUGCUGCUGGACCGCGGCUGUGCCGCCGACCGCUGUGGCGGCGCACGGGGUCUUUCAGCGAUCGACGCGGCGUGGCAGCCUGCGUGCCCACGAGCUGUUCGAGCCGUCUUUGAGGCACAGGGCUUGACGCCCUCCAGCCAACGCGAGGCGACAGGGGCCCACCUCGACGCAGCGCAGAGCAAGGUGACUCUACGCCACGUGUCCACACUCCUGGAACGGACGGUGUGUGUGCCUGUAAGUGCUUGCAUCCGUGAUGUGAAGAAGCUCAUCGUCCGCCUUACAAAUCGAGGGUCCUGGCGACGCGUGGCCUUGCUGUCGGAGUGCGGAAGAGCGCUGUGCGACAGCGACAGCUUGGGUGGCCGAGUCUUGCUGCUGGUCGCGGACGCCCGCUCCGUUGAGGCACAGAAGGCUGCCGAGAUGCUCCUGCCCGAAGAGGAGCGCUGGCCGAAGUGGAGCCAGGAGGAGCUCAGCGCUGAGGCGGCCCGGCGUGGUCUGAGCUUACAGCGGUGCGGGGAGGUGCCGACGCGCGAGAGCCUCCUCGCCUGCCUCCUGCAGGUGAAGAAAUGGGAGUCGCAACCUUCCGCCGAGCUCCGCGCAGAGGCCCUCCGUCGAGGGCUGCCAGGAGAGUCGUCCACCGAUCGCGUCGAGCUACUGGAGCUGCUGCUGCAAGACCUGUGCUGGGAGCACAUGGGCCAGGAGGCGCUGGAGGAGGAGUGUCGGCUGCAGGGCAUCGCGCAACCCGAGGCGCAGGAGACGCAGCUGCUACUGCGCGCGAUGCGCAGCCGCCUUCGCCAGGCUCUGCGUUGGUCGACUCUCGAUACGGAGAAGCUGCGGGAGGCGUGCGAAAUGCGACACAUGGCCUCCCAAGGCUGCACGCGAUCGCAGCUUCUGGACUCGCUGAAGACCUUUAAGGUGAUGCCGAAGCCCAAGCCCAAGCCGAAGCCGAAGCCAGAGACGAGGCCGCCUUCCAGACCUGCACCGCCCCCAAGGCCCUCGGCCGCCUCUGCAUCCUCGGCCGGUCCCCCGCAGGUCGAUGAGGAUGGGUCGGUGCAGUACCCCGAUUGGAUGACGGACCGCGUACGGCGACUCUGUGCGAAGUACCCCAACUUCUCUGGAGAGUUCCUGCAGGAAAUGGAGGACUGGCAAGAUCAGGAUGUGGAGAUGUACCUAUAUUCCAACGGGUUCCUCAAGCCUGGCAAGAAGAAGGGCCGGCCGCGCCCUGCCGUGCCGCUGUCGGUGCAUUUUGCCGCCCUUGGGCUCGAGCAGACCGCCUCAGCCACUGAGGUGCGCAAGGCCUAUCGGCGAUUGGCAUUAGUGUACCACCCAGACAAGAACCCCGAGGAUCCGGAAGCCGCCGCGGAGACUUUCCGACGCCUCGCAGAGGCAUACGAGGCCCUGGCGACCCACUUCUCCGGGCCGGGGGGGCAGCCAUCUUCCGACGUGGCCGGUUGA